AUGGCCAUCGGCGAAGAUGCAGGGUGCCAUGAUGAGUUGAAUCAUGAUGACCGGCGAAUGACUGAAUCCGGUGCCAACAUCAGUGUGCAGCAGGGGGCGACCCCGACAGACACGGCAGUCUGCGUGGAAGGUACUAGCGAAGCCGUUGGCAAAGCAGCCGUGCAGAUCCAGCAGAUGUUUGAUGAUUUCACGGAGGCUGAGAAGAAGGCCAAAAUGCUGGCUGACAGCGAGCACAUGGAUCAGGUGGAAAUCCCGCAGAAGUUGCUGAGCGCCGCGGUCGGCCCCAACGGCUCCGACUUGCCAAAGGUGCGCGAGCGCUGCGGUGGCGUCAUGAUCGCGCUCAUGCCGCCUUCUGAGGGUGGCCACCUCACCGCCUUCAUCGGACCUGGGACGGUGGAGCAGGUUGAUACACUGGUGAUGGUGAAAGUAGAUCAGCGGCAGAAGUAUAAGCCGGUCUCCGGCCGGACCGCUGUUUCCACUUGCUGA